UUUCACUUUAUUCCGCGUUGAGAGGACCGUGAACGCAUCUCUAACCCUAAACUCCGGAGAAGAGAAACGCAGAGUAAAUAAGACUCUAAAGCAGUCAUGAUGAAGCUGCCCGUGUUCGGAUUCCUGUUCGCUCUGAUUGCAGCAUGCAGCUGUGUGGAGAAACUCACUCCUCCUAAGGUCCAGCUGUACAGCCAAAAGCCAGGGGAGUUUGGGAAGGAGAAUUUCCUGAUCUGCCACGUGAGCGGCUUCUACCCCCCCAACCUGAGCAUCACCAUCCUGAAGGACGGGCAAGAGCUUCCUAAUUCCAGGCAGACCGACCUCUCCUUCAGCCACGACUGGAGCUUCCACCUGACCAAGAACGUGGCCUUCACACCUAUGAGCGGCGAGGACUACGCCUGCAAGGUCAUGCACAACGGCAAAUCCAAAAGCUACGCCUGGGAGUCCAACAUGUAACUCUUCGUCUUCAUCAGCUGAUCGUUUAUUUUCCUCGACUUCAAUCAUCACUUUGUUGUCUUCAUCUUCAUCAUUCUCCUCGUCCUCCUCGUCCUCGCAAUGAAGAGGUCUCAGUCAGUUUUAGUUUAUUGAUCAUCAGAUCAGCUGAUCGAUUAUUUUAUUCGACUUCAAUCAUCACUUUGUUCUCUUCAUCUUCAUCUUCCUUAUCCUCAGUCAGUUUGAGUUUAUUGAUCAUCAGAUCAGCUGAUCAAUUAUUAUGGAUUAUUGUGUAAAUAUUAAUCUGGGGUGUUUUUUUCUUUGAUAGAACAGGUAAUCAGGUGAUAAUUGAUCAGAUCAGUACUUACUGAUCAGGUGAUAAUUGAUCAGAUCAGUACUUACUGAUCAGGUGAUAAUUGAUCAGAUCAGUACUUACUGAUCAGGUGAUUAUUGAUCAGGUGUGUUUUCGAUAAACAUCUGUAAAGUAAAAAGUUUGUGUUGAUGUUUGUUUAAUAAAAAACCUCUUUAAAAACCCAA